CAACGUUUCAGUUGCUUUCAAAAAUUCGCGCGCUCCUCAAGUGAGAUCCGAUUUGAAUUUUGUUUUAUUUUUUUUUAUUAUUUGUUUGUUGGAUUUAUAAUCGAUUCACGCACGGAAUUAUAAUGUCCUAUCUCGGCAACGCAUCGGACGUGGAGUGUGAAAAGAACGAGUUCCCCAGGCCCCGCCCCACGGGCAUCGUCACCAAAAUGGCCGCCCACAAACUGUCGUCGGAGCCGAAGUGGGCCGACAAAAGGGAGGAUGAUUCCGAUUCCGAAGUCUCCUCGCCCGACAAUUUCCUCACCAAAGGAGCAUUUCUAUUGACACCUUCGUAUGAACUAUCCAUGGAACGAGCCGCAUUGAUAUGCGAGAAGAUGAGUUUCAAGGGUUGCUUCAGCUUGACCAAAACGGCAACUGGAAUUCUAUUUAAAUUCUCACAUCCAGAUGAUUAUCAGGCGGUGUUCAAGAAGGGAUUCCACAAGGUGACCGGAGCGCGCUUUUAUCGGAAACAAACAUUCUCGCGCAGCAUCGCCAUUCCGUGUCGUCCGCGAAAGACGUUUACGCUCUAUGUGCUGGAUGUGCCGGAGGAUCUGCCCGUGGAGGAUAUACGGCAUGCCAUGUACAAGUUCGACUCGGUGGUGGAGGUGGUGCGCCUCCACAUCUAUUCCAGCCCGGGUCUGGCCAGCGGCGGCUCCGCCAGCUCCAACCCGGACAAGGUUGAAGGUGAGCAGCUCACAGCCUCUCCGAGCCCGGGCCAAACUCUGCGCCGUGCGGCCAUACGAAGCAGCAGCAGCGCCAAGAGCCUCGUCUCUGGCAUUGUGGGCGAGGCCAUUGAGAAGGCGGAGCGUCCGGAGCGCCGAGAGCUGCCGCCAGCUGUUAUACGUAUAACACUCGCCUCCAUGGACGAGUACAACAUUCUGCUCCAGAACGGACUCAACUUCUACGACGCCACAUUCUUUCCCACCGAGGCCAACAUCUCCCUAAAAGGCGCCAAGAUUGAUUACAAGAGGCGCAUGCUCGAUGGCUCGAUACCGGGGCGUGUGCGUGAGCUUUUGCCCGUGUUCGAUGCAGCUGGCUUUUGCAAGCUGCCGGCGCCCACGAGCAAGCUAAUUAAGCCGCCGAGGUCAUAAGCGACGACGACGACGACGACGGCGACCCCAGAUGUUCCGGCUAAAUAAGCAGCCAGUCAGCAGAAGACCCCAUGCCCGCCCCCACUAAACAUUUGACGAAAGCAGCAAAGAAAACAAAAAACAACAAAAAUAAACAUUCUCGAUUUGAUUUUGAACGGAUGCUUGGAAACGUUUCCGCUGCCAACCAACUACAAUCUAUAAUAAUUCCUCUUAUGGA